CAAUUAAGUCGCGACUUUAUGCAAAUUGAUCUGUGAUUGUAAUCUCAUCUGCCAAACGAAUCCGCUUCCCUCUUUGCCUCGGCCAUGGAAUUUCGCCUGGUUUUGCAUCUGAGCCUACUGAUCUUGUUGUCGACCCAGCAGCUGCAAGCUAGGGGCGAGAGCAAAGGAUCGGUCGCCUUUAUAGAUGGUUAUUUGCAGAGAUAUAUCAGGAACAAUGCGCAGGACUCCUCGGGGAAGGCGAUUUCAAUGUCUUUGACAGAAGUUGCCGCCACUAUAUCAGUUUUACUUGGAUUUGCACCGCCACCCUCGCUUCCUGCUGCUUCUUCAUCUAAGCUAAGCCAGGUUCUAUAUCCCAAUCCCUUUGAUAAACCCCAUGCCAUUUUCUUGCUGGAAGUUGGUGGAGUGGUUGAACCAUCAGACUACACAGAGUAUUUGAAUACCCAAGCUGGUGAGGUUUUCAAAAGCUCAAUCUCUGGUUCAAGCAAUGCAAAAAUCGAACUUCCAGGUGAGGAUGAAGUUUCUGUUGUUCAUCUGGACAGAACCUUGGAUUUUGAAUGCAAUGAUGCUUGUCUUGAUGAGGAACUCCGAGAAUUUGCAAGUUGGAUUGGUGGUUCUUAUGUUGGCAGCAUAGAUUCAUCAGACUGGAAGCUUACUAUUUCUUUAUCCAGCGGAAGCACUCUGGAUCUGCAUCUAACAAAGAAAUCAGACCUUCAAUUUGCAUCUAGUCUUAUUUCUUUGGUUACGAAUGUCAAGAAGACCAUGGCCAAACAUGAAGUUUUAUCGGGUAGAAGAAUCAUAUCUUCUGAAAUUAUGAAAGGCCAUUUUUCAGGCAUCGAGGCACUCACGGAUGAAUAUGGUUGGGGAACCAUUGCUCAUCAGGGUGUGGAGCUGCUUCAGACAGUACUCGUAAAGAUAUCUAAUAUGUUACAAAUGGCCUAUGGAGGGAAGAUCGUUGAAGUCAUCAUAUUAAACGAGGAGCUUUCAUCAGAGUCUGGAAUCUUGUUAGAUGUGGCAUCUAUUCCACGAAUUUCAAGAGUCUUAGAAGAAGCAAGCUCAUCUGACACGACUGGUUCAGAAGUGCUACUUGUCAGGAGGACUUUGGCUUGGAUAACUGGAGUUAUCCUUCUCAUAUCAACGUUCAUUGGGAUCUACUACUUGCUCAAUAUGCCACUUACGAGGGACACCCUUCUUUACUCCAACGUCAAGAUAGAUUGAUCUCGAAAUUGAUGGAUGGAUAUCUCGAUAGUUUGACAUAUAUCCAGCCGAGGAUUUUGGCACACUAUCAGUAUGUUUUCACUUGUCUUGCUCUAUAGCAACAUCAUAAUGGAUGCACCAGUGUGUACGCGCCACAGAUGAAUGUACUAUGAACUUGUUCUUUUUUCUUCCCCCUCUUUGAUGGGUCUACUCUUAAUACAGAGUAUGUUUUAUGGAGAAAAAUAAUGCGGAGUAAUUUAACAAUAAUGCAUAUUUUUACUUCUA